GUAACUUUCGCCUCAAUAUUCUUGUCCCGCACCGUGUGCUGUAGGAAAUUCGGUGCCAAAAAGCAAAAGUACGACAGUAUUGUACGCGCGCACGGGUGCUACCGGGAUAACAGGGUUUCAUUGUUGUACAGAAGCGCCGACAGCAAGAAUCUGCUCCAGGAGCGAGCCAUUGUUGUGAGACUAGCCGUGUCCGUCGAUUGAAGAAGGAUAAAGAAAAUUAGCUAGUAGUUAAGAAGGCAGCCGGAAUCAACUCCGUAAGCGGCAAAAAAUGGACACCAACGGUACCGUGGACCACGGAGAGACGGAACAGUUGCAAAAACACACCCAGCCAGCCUUCGACAAUGUUGAUAUCACAUCGCCGGACGAUGAGAAUGAAAACGAUAUCUUCGAGUCGGCGAUUCAGCAGGAACCAUUAUCGCCAGUGCUGGAGGAUGUACCGACGGACGAAGCAGGGGAUUUGUUUAUCGAAAUAGUUGUUGCUGACCCGCAGAAAGUAGGCGAUGGCAUGGGAUCAUAUUUAGCGUACAAGGUGUCGACGAAGACGAACAUUUUAAAGUUUAAGAAACGACAAUUCUUCACGAUGCGGCGUUUUAGCGAUUUUCUCGGAUUGCACGACUUGCUUGUCAGCAAAUAUCUGCGGAUGGGGCGUAUUAUUCCACCGGCACCGGAAAAGAACAUCAUCGGCACGACCAAGGUUAAAAUGGGCAGUCAGCCACAAUCAGAACCCGGUACAGGCGUUAACCUGGAGUGGAUUGAGAACAGACGCGCCUCACUCGAACGUUUCCUCAACCGUGUCGCGCAGCAUCCGAUACUGUGCCAGGAUACGGACUUUGUAAACUUCCUCGAAAGUGAUCAAGAGCUACCGCGCGCCGUCAAUACGGCGGCCCUGAGCGGCGCCGGUGUCAUGCGUCUGUUCAACAAGGUGGGCGAAACGGUCAACAAGAUCACGUACAAGAUGGAUGAAAACGAUCCCUGGUUUAAUGAUAAGAUCAAUGAGGUCGAAACAAUUGAUGCGCAUAUGCAAAAGCUGCAUUCCGCUAUAAAGGCGCUCGUAUCGCACCGCAAAGAGCUGGCCGCUCUUACUGGUGGUGUUGCAAAGUCGGCCGCACUGUUGAGCACUUGCGAAGAGCAUACGGGUCUAUCGCAAGCACUUUCGCAGCUAGCGGACGUGGAAGAGAAGGUCGAACUGUUGCGCUCCGAGCAGGCAAACUCAGACCUUUACAUUCUGUCGGAGACAAUCAAGGACUAUAUUGGGCUGUUCGGUGCUAUAAAGGACGUUUUUCACGAACGAGUGAAGGUGUUCCAGAAUUGGCAGCACGCACAGAUUCAGCUGACGAAGAAGCGCGAGAACAAGGCAAAGUUGGAAUUACAAGAUCGGCGAGAUAAGCUGGAGUUUGCCCAGAAAGAAGUGGAAGAGUGGGAAGGAAAGGUGCAACGCUGCCAGAAGGAGUUCGACAACAUCUCCAGUGAAAUCAAGAAGGAAAUGGAGCGCUUUGAGUUGGCGCGUGCCCGUGACUUUAAGUCAACGAUUGUUAAAUAUCUGCAGGACCAAAUGGCACACCAACAACAGCAAAUGCGAUACUGGGAAGCGAUCGUACCGGUAGCCCGUGAUAUUGCAUGAGAGGAACCGAACGCGAUGAAUCCGCCCAUCCUGUAUGACGACGACGAUGAUGACCGUGUUCCGACGACUGACAAACUGCGCCUCUCGAUUAAUUUAGUCGAUUCCAAUGCUAGGAUAUCGUAGAACGAUACUACCUUCCCGUACUGCAGCAGGAUAGUUGGCAUUGGCAUUCAAGUGCCAGUUAUCUGCGCCUGACUCUCGGACGAAACAGAACCCUGCUGUUAGCGGAUAUAGUGUUAGGACAGCUGUUUGGAUGUUGAACCUAAGAUUUCUUAUGCCUCAUUUCUCUGCUCUAUACACUCUCUUAUGAAUGUGAAGGUCCGUUUCCUUACGAUGAAAUUUGUUCCCAUUGUGCACUAAAGCUACAGUUUUCGCAAGUAAUGGUAGCAAAGAGAUAUCGAUCGACCAAAAGUGAUGUAAUUGUAAAUAAUGACGUAGAAAGAGAGAAAGCGAGCGCAUUUACUAAAAAAGAAUGAUGCUGGAGUAGUAGUACACACGGCUGGCUAAUGCCACUAGUUAAUGGCUUCACAAAUGAUGCUUCGACCUACCCCUUGUCACAUAUCUUUCCCUAGCAAAGUUAAACAUCCACGCAACUUCGACAGCCUGGCAUUUGUUUCCUUCCUUAGAGGUUUAUCAGGUGCCCGUGUUUAGUUUGCUUGUUUGCGUCACGGAUAGCUAAGCUCGAUGUAAAUAUGUUUCUGAAUUUGGAAAAGUACGUGGAGAGAUAGUACCCGCAUUAGGGGAACUGUAAAGUGAGGCAAAAUCUCGAAUAGGUGAGCGUUCGAGCAAACAAAGCAUGACCGUAAAUUUUGAGAUAUUUUGUGAUUAUUAGUACACCCUAAAUUACGCAAGAUGUUUAACAUAUUCAGUUUGAAUUCCAUUCCGCGUGUGAAAUAUUGUUUGGAUUUUUUUUUUAUUUACUACGUUACAUUUUCUUUCGUUAUACGCUCGGAAUACAUAGAUAUUUCUUCGCUUCGCUUCGAGCCAGCUGUUAAAUCUUUCUUCCCAAGGCUAAUUGUUAACGACGACGGAAGUAUUAUCUGAACCCGUGUACAUGCGCUAGGGGUGCAAAUAGUAGUAGUGCGAUGCAACCCACAUGUCAAGCGAUACAUUUGUGAGGAUUUGAAAUAAUGAUAGAUUAUUACAAAAACAAUCUGUUUUUCUUUUCUGUUGAUCGUGCGCAAUGCCGGACAAAAGAUAUUGUUAGAUUUUUGUCAUAGGUUAGGAUAUACGAACACUAUUAUAAUAUGAUGCAUACACGACCGCUCUCAUCCAUUUCUUUCCGUUUCGGAUCUAACUAGAGAAGGUAUGUUCAUAAGAUAAACCAGAUAAUCAAAGACGGGGUGUCAUCGAUUUUCGUGACGUUAGUGUUUGGCGUAGAUAGGCGAUUGUGUUUACUCGGAACAACCGUUUGAAUGUAAAUCUUUUGAAUUCCUUUCCUUUCCUUAAUGCUGUGCUUAAAUGUUAAACACUAAAGGGAAGGAUGCAUACGGCACUGUCAGAGAAGCACGGGCAACAAACGGAACCGAAACCGUCUUAUAUACACAUACACACGCGUGUUAAGUGCAGAACCUAUAUCCGCUCGAUUCGCCGUGUUCGCAAAAACCCCGCGAUAUGCUUGAAACAAUCAAAACCCCAGUUUAGAGAAUAAUUUUGAUGUAUGGCGUUGCCUCAGUUGAAAUCGUUAAGUAUUGUUAUUUUAUGGCGCGCUUGACUGCAAGUGUUUCAAUCAAUAAUAGGUCCCAGCAUUCCAACACAAUAUGUAGCCUCUAUUUUUGUAUUUCAUUUCACUGAGAGAGUGUUUGAUUGGUUCAACCCGUCUACGAAACACGUCUCAUACCUCGAUUCGUAGCAUUUAUGUAUACAAAUCAGUUAAAAAAAACCCGAACGUAUGAAGCGCAUACUUCCAACGUAUUUGCGAAGGAUGCACAAUCUGUGUUCUUAGACGAUCCGUACGCGUGUGGUAAAAUGUGUGAGUGUGUAUGUAUGGCUAGUACAGGAAUUGAGGUGGUAAAGUUUUAGAACAUGCAAACAGGUUGGGGAAGGCUUCAAGCUACAUCUUGUAUACUAAUUUUCUCUAACCGCUUAUCUCAAAACCCAGGACAGAAUUUCCCUCUUUGUAGGGUGUUUUUUCCAGUCGUGCAAGCUGUUUACUGCAUUU